GGUAUGCAAUGUUGGGUGAGUUUUUUGAUAGAUUGGUUAGCUCCAUUCUGCUUCUGAGGGGUUCCAAUCCAACCUUUUCAAAUAUUAAACCCAAAAUUGAGUCAUUCACUAAUAGGAGGUUCACCUAUAGUCAUUUGGCACAAUUGAAGUUUAUUUUACCAGAGGCCAUAGAGAUGAAGAAGACUGUUACCCAGAAUGAACUAACUUUCUGUAUGAAGCCAGAUAUUCAUAUAACUUUGAACACUGCAGCAAUUAUGAAACCAAAUCAGCUGUCAUCAGAGUCUGGGCAUAUGUAUCUAAAGAAGAUGUUUCGUAGUAGGCUAUUGGACUACUUUAAGACCCACCCGGAGGGUGAUGUUCCUGAAGAAACACUACCGGAGCCAUUCAACAAGUCAAGGAAAGCUUGUGUUAGUGAAGAAGCUAACUCAACCUUUGGCCUUGAAAGAUCAACUGUUUUACCUGCAAUUCAGCAGCCAGUACCAGUAUCUCAUCUAUCCAAAUCCUUCAGGAAGAAAAAAAAGGUAGAGGUUAAAACAGACAAAGGACCCCAAAGACAUUUACAAUGA